AUGGGCUCAAGAACCAUUAUCAUCGACCACGGGUCUGGCUUUCUGAAGGCUGGUUUGUCUGGUUGGAAUGAACCCCAGAUGGUUUUACCAAGCAUCGUAAACUACAUACCAUGCCGGGAGAACCCCGGCCCCAGCUAUGCUCGGAGACGUGUGAGUCUGGGCAUCGACUUCUGCCAUCCUGACACCUUCAGCUACCCCAUUGAGCGCGGCCGCGUGCUCAACUGGGAGGGCGUGGAGCACAUCUGGUCGUUUGUCUUGGAGAAACACAGGCAUGAGCACGAGGACUCCCCAGUGAUCAUCACCGAGAACCCCCUGAGGGAGCCUUCGGACCGACGGAAGACCCUGGAGAUUAUGUUUGAGUUGCUGGAUGUCCCUUCUCUCCUCCUGGCUGACCAGCUGGAGAUGUCACUGUAUGCCUCUGGCCUCCUGACCGGCGUGGUGGUCGAUUCUGGCUAUGGCCUGACCCGUGUGAAAUCUUUUCAUCUGGGUCUUCCGUUGCCCUCCAGCUGUAAGACGCUGGAGUUUGCCGGCCAGGAUCUCUCCGCCUACCUCUUCAAGAGCCUCUUUAAGGAAGAUAGUGACCGGCACAACCUGUUUCAGCUGGAGACAGUCGCCACGACCCAGAUUAGCAAGUGCUACGUGCCACAGAAUUUGGCUGAGGCACUGGACUUUCGUCAGAGCCUGCCCAGUGGCUCCGACGAGAGCAACACCUACCAGCUCCCUGAUGGCACCACAGUGGAGCUGACGCCUCUGCAGCGACUUGCUCCUGAGAUGUUCUUCAGCCCCCAGGUGUUCGACCUGCCAGGGCCCAGCAUCUCCCAGGCCUUCGUGGAGUCCCUGGAGACCUGCGACACCUCGAUGCACCCGCUGCUCAUGUCCCAUGUGGUGGCCUGUGGGGGGAACACCCUGUACCCCGGCUUUACCAAGCGCCUGUACAAGGAGCUGACCACCAAUCACUUUUCCUCCACCGAGGCUAUAAUCUGGGCGGGUUCCAAUCGAAACUUCAGUGUCUGGCUAGGAGCAUCUAUGGUGGCUCAUCUUUCUACUUACAGGUCCAAGUGGAUGACCAAAGAGGAAUAUGACGAGAGUAUGAGGUUGUAA